GAUACUUGGAAAGGCACCAGCGUACCUGACACAGAGUUAGCGGUCUCCGUUAAUGUUCGCACUUUGCCCUCCAUUAAUCGUUGUCGCCAGGCGAAAUAGGUGAAACUAUUAGAGCCGCUGUGAUCCGACAAAGAAGUAAAGGUGGGACAAAUCGUGAGAAUGCAGCCUGCAACUGCUAAGUGGUACGACAGACGGGACUCCGUUUUUGUAGAGUUCUGCGUGGAGGACAGUAAAGAUGUGCAAGUAAAAUUUGACAAGUCUAAAAUCAUUUUCAGUUGUGUUAGUGGGACAGAUAAUAUUAAACACAAAAAUGAACUGGACCUCUUCGAGGAGAUUGACCCCAAAGACUCCAAGCACAGACGCACUGACAGGUCUGUGCUUUGUUGUUUACGAAAAGCAGAGGCUGGGAAGUCGUGGCCACGGCUAACCAAAGAUAAGACAAAGUUAACCUGGCUCAGUGUGGACUUCAAUAACUGGAAAGACUGGGAAGAUGACUCGGAUGAAGACCUGUCAAGUUUUGACAGAUUUUCAGAGAUGAUGAACAGCAUGGGAGGGGAUGAUUUACCAGAUCUGGAUGGUGCAGAUGAUGAACAUGACUCUGCUGACAGCGAUGAUGAAAAAAUGCCAGACCUUGAGUAAUUGACGAAAGGAUGCCUCCCCAUUAGUAAACAAAGUGAGUCACAGGUUGGCUGAAGAGAGACUAGAAAUGAGUUGGCAACAUGUUGGGGAAGAAGUCUCAUCUUUCCAUGCAGUUUCCAAAGCCGAACCGCUUAAUGGCAUGGAACGACUGUUGGAUGCAGACAUGCACAGAGAUCCUUAGUGAUAUAAAGUGCUGUGCUUUUCUGUUCUAUUCUGCAUGGACAAUUAUGUUUAAAUGAAAAUGUUUAUUGACUUAAAUGACUGUAAUGGGUUGUGCUAAUGUCUUAGACCCUCUCUUUGUUUUUGCGAUGUCAGUCAGGUUCUGUAUUAAACAUUGAUUUCUAAUGAAGAAACCACCAAGAUUCAGAAUGCCUAUUUUCAAAAAUUGAUUUUUUUUUUCUAAUGAAAGAUUAACCCCUUUAAUGUUUUUAUUGUAAAUUGCACUUAUAUUUUGUUUGUUAAUUUAUACAAGAGGAGUUUGGCUUGAAAUGGGGUUUUAAGUGUAUUUCAACAUCUGGAAAUACUUAAAACAUCUCAUUGACUUUAAAUAUUUCCGUAUUUCAAAUAAAAGAAUAUGCCUGUGCAACAUACAGCUUGUGUUAGAUUUAUGGUACAGUGAAAUUUAUGAUGCAGUCCUCUCACGCAGUCUCCUCUUGCAAAGGUGUUUGUUUUCCUGUCAGUGUACAGAAUGUAUACCAAGCAAAUUAUACAGUUGACUUAAUAGUCUUGUGGUUAUUGCACGCUGUAGCAGAAACAACAUAAUUUCCUUCCAUAACUGCAUUGAGGUGAGUGCCGAAAUCUUACAUGGUCUGCCAAGAGGUCCUCCCCCAGUCAUUAUAACUCACACUACAGGUCAUAAAGGUGUUUGUUAACCAGAUAACACUAUGACUGUUUUGCAAAUUUGUUUCAUGUGCUGAAUACUUUCGAGUGUUAAAUGCUGUGGGAAAUUUUGGCUACAUAUUUCUAAUAAACUUUUAAAG